AUUCAUUUGUGUAUAUGUCCAUACAAAUGUCGAGCAUACAUACAUAAUUGAAGCGUAAAAAGACAUAGAAAGAAUAAAAGAAAAACAAUAAGCCUACAAACGCGCUGUCAUGCAGUUCUAAGUGAAUUGUGGAUGCUCAAUUAAGUGUCGUCGUUUGCGCCCAACGGGGAUGUCCACAGCCAAAAGGCUGGUACUCUCAUUACGCGGUCGCAAGCAUUCACAAGGCAAUACAGCGACAUCAUCGACGCGUCUUGUGUCGGCUGGUACCUCCCCGGGACAUGAGCUGGACGAAAUAGCUGUUGUCUCGGGCACCGGAGGUUCCAGCCAUCAUUUAUCCUCGUAUAGCGGUAUCGGUGCUGAUAUAAGUAAUGGUCCCAGAUACUCAACAGAUCUCGGAUCGAAAUUUAGCAUGCCACAGCCGAAAUUCGGUCAGAGCGUCUCACAGCAAGGUUUCUUCACAUCACACGACAGCCUCGCCACACCAUGCGCAUCACGUGCCUCCAAUCCACAUGUGGCCACUGUAAGCACUGCCUCCGAAAUGGAUUUACUGCACAGCAGCAACAAACAGCGACGCAAAUCGCGCGGCCGCCUGAAAACAAUGUCCGGCGAGCAACCGCUGCUCGAUUCGUGGCAACGUUCGACAACGGCGCGCGGUUCACAAGACAACACAUUGGCCGGCGGCUUGGCGGGGAGUAAUCAAUUUAGCGGGAAUUUCUGCAACGGCACUGAUAGAUAUCCCCGCUCACGUUCCGGUACCUCAACGACCACUGCCCCGCCACAUAGCGGCCCCUCACAUUCGCAUCAUUCGUCGCAUCAGCUACACCACUCGGCGUCGGUGUCGCAUGCGCACCAUCCAACUUCACACACAUCGCAUUUAUCAUCCGCACAACAACAACAGUCCGCAGCAUCACAUCAUCAGCAGCAACCACAUCGAACCGCCUCGCAACGAUUUCGUGCCGCCACUGCCUCGCGUAAAUUCCACUUUGUGUUCGAUCCAGCGGGGCGUCUGUGCUACUACUGGUCAAUGGUCGUAUCGCUGGCGUUCCUUUACAAUUUCUGGGUGAUAAUCUAUCGUUUCGCCUUUCAAGAGAUCAAUCGACGAACGAUUGCCAUUUGGUUUUGUCUCGAUUAUUUCUCCGAUUUUUUAUAUCUGAUAGAUAUAUUCUUUCAUUUUCGUACCGGUUACUUGGAGGAUGGUGUACUACAAACUGAUGCGACGAAAUUGCGUCAACACUACAUGAAUUCGACAACAUUCUACAUUGACUGCCUGUGUUUGCUGCCAUUGGAUUUUUUAUAUCUAUCAAUCGGAUUCAAUUCGAUAUUGCGUUCAUUUCGUUUGGUGAAAAUCUAUAGAUUUUGGGCAUUUAUGGAUCGCACCGAACGACAUACGAACUAUCCGAACUUAUUUCGUUCGACAGCGCUGAUACACUACCUACUUGUGAUAUUCCAUUGGAACGGAUGUCUGUAUCAUAUUAUACAUAAAAACAAUGGAUUCGGUUCGAGGAAUUGGGUGUACCAUGAUUCUGAAUCGGCCGAUGUAGUUAAACAAUAUUUACAAAGUUAUUAUUGGUGUACGUUAGCUUUAACGACGAUCGGGGAUUUGCCGAAGCCCAGAUCGAAAGGUGAAUACGUCUUUGUGAUAUUACAAUUGCUAUUCGGACUGAUGCUGUUCGCGACGGUAUUGGGUCAUGUGGCGAACAUUGUGACGUCGGUGAGUGCGGCACGCAAGGAAUUUCAAGCCAAACUGGAUGGCGUGAAAACGUAUAUGCGUAUGCGUCGUGUGCCCAAUCAUCUGCAGGUGAAAGUCAUUAAAUGGUUCGAUUACCUGUGGCUGACCCAAAAGUGUUCCGACGAGGAGCGAGCUGUAUCCUGUCUUCCUGAUAAAUUAAAGGCUGAAAUAGCAAUUAACGUCCAUUUAGAUACACUUAAGCGAGUUGAAAUUUUUCAAAAUACCGAAGCGGGUUUCCUAUGCGAAUUGGUGCUACGUCUGCGGCCGGUACUCUUCUCACCCGGUGACUACAUUUGUCGAAAGGGUGAGGUUGGCAAGGAAAUGUACAUAGUGAAUCGUGGCCGUCUGCAGGUGGUCGCCGACAAUGGGAAGACGGUGAUGGCUUCACUGAAGGCAGGUUCCUAUUUUGGCGAGAUUAGUAUACUGAAUAUGGGCACAGCAGGUAAAGAACUUGGCAAUCGCCGCACGGCCUCAGUACGCUCGGUCGGCUAUAGUGAUCUCUUUGUGCUGAGCAAAAAGGACAUGUGGGACGUCUUAAAGGAGUAUCCGGCGGCGCGAGUGCGACUGGAAUCGAUAGCGGUAAAGCGUUUGGAAAAAUACAAGAAGGCGCCACUAGAAAAAGUAAAAUACUUUAAUGUAGUUGCCAUGGGACGCUGCCAAUCGACACCCGGCUUAGUGGAGAGUUGCGGACGCACAACGUUAGAGGACAUGUGGCUGCCGCCACCGACAGCAUUGUCUUUCGCACUUCAGCAGCAGCAGCAACAAAGUGUAUCUUACAGUCGUGCUCAAAGUCCCCGCUCUACACUCACCUAUACGGAACGCAUCACCCGCGCCACCGAUUCACCCGGUUCGGUUAGCCCUAGUGUGCAUAGUUCGGAUGAUCGACCGCGAAGUCGCGCAACAUCGCAUCAUUCGACGCGGCCACAAUCGCAACCGAGUCGAACAGGACAUAUCUGCGACUCCAGUUCGCAUUUGGAGUAUGGCGGCGGUCUGUCUGUUGCCAGCGGUGGCAUCGGUGGCGGCGGCACAACGCCAUUACUCGGUUCACAUGAAGCCUUAGAAGAUGAAAUUAAACGCCUGCGUGAACGACUACACACCGUCGAAUCGGAGAAUCAAGCGCUCAAUACGAAGCUAUCACAACAACAAUGGGAUUUAGAAAAUCGAUUAGCCGAAAUUGAAAUGCAAAUAUGUGGUGUCUCAUCGACAUCGAGUCUCGAUCCGGAAAACGAAACCGAAGAGAUGGAACGUAAUCGUGAAAGUAUCAUAUAACACGGGAGCGAGCUGCCCCAUCAGUCGAUCGGUAUGAUGUACAUAUCAUGUUUUACAUGACUCGCAUUGUUGUUGUCGUUAAAUGUUAAAAUUAUCGUUAAACACAUGGAACACAAUCAAUACAACUACAUACGCACUACUAGCACUGCAAAAUUUACACUACCCCAACCAUAUUUUAUGUACAAUGUACAACUGGCACCGGUGGAGUGGAGCCAUCUAGCAACAUUGUACUUACGUACUUACUUGCACCACAUCAUCAACUUUGUAUGUAUGUAGAUACAUUAGCAACCGUCAGCUGCUCAAUCGAUUUUAAAACAGGAAAACUAUUUUAUUUGUGUGUGUAUGUAUGUUUCGCAGCGAAUCGCAUGUCUAUCUAUCAUUCAAUUUUAUAUUCAGAAAAUAGUUUGACCAAAGCUUUAUAUAUACAUUUAUACACAUGUACACUUGCCCAUAAUUGUACAAAUAUAUUUGUAUGUGUAUCUAUGUAGGUGUAUGCAUCACAACCACCCACUACUACCAAACCAGUUGGUGUUAUAUUUCUCUCUUUGCAUUGCUGUGGGAAAACAACCAACAACAACAAUCUGGCAACAUUUUCAAUUUCCGCUUGCAACAAUGUUUUCAUUUCGGAUUGCAUUGCAUUGGCCUUUUGUCAUUACCAUCAACAAAGUCAUCAUCAUCAUCUGCGUCCGCAUCACCAUCGCCAUCAAUGUCAAUGUUUAGAAAUCGUCAUGGCUACCAUUCUCGUUACUGUCAUUAUUCGAAAUUUGAAUGAUUUUAACAACUACUAUUUAUACAUGUGUAUGUGUGUGU